ACUAAACUACCCAUUUAUCAAUAAUAAACACUAUCAAUUAUCAAAAGAACAAAUUAGCUCGUACCAAAAAUUAAUCGAGUUCAUCCACAAAAUUUGAGUAAAACUGUAACAAGUUGCAUUAAAACAAAAAAAAAAACAAAAAAUAUGAGCGUAGAAAAAACAAAAAAAUUGGCCAUUUUUGCUGCAGGAGUAGGUUUGGUCUACGUCCUGGUGCGUCACAGGCACUCGCUGCUGUCCAGGCUGCGGCGGCACAGCCGAUCAAGUCCGCUGCGCAAUAGUUGCGUCGAAGUCAUCAAUUCCAACUCGGACCCAGCCACGCAAGUCGUCCUUAACGAGCUACGAACUCAUUGUCAGAGCUUCAAGGUGGUCGGCUUCGAUUGCGAGUGGAUCACGGUGGGUGGCAGCAGGCGACCUGUCGCCCUUCUCCAGUUGAGCUCUCACAAAGGGCUUUGUGCUCUCUUCCGACUGUGCCACAUGAAGCAGAUACCCAAGGACCUGCGCGAACUGCUCGAGGACGAGGCCAUCAUCAAAGUGGGAGUAGCUCCGCAGGAUGAUGCCAAGAAGCUGGCCCACGACUACGGAGUGGGAGUGGCGAGCACGUUGGAUCUGCGAUUUCUGGCCGUGAUGGCCGGUCACAAGCCCGAGGGCCUGGGGAAACUGGCCAAGACACACGCAGACUUCGUGCUGGACAAGAACUGGCGGCUGGCAUGCUCCAACUGGGAGGCCAAGCAGCUGGAGCCCACCCAAAUCAAGUACGCGGCCAACGAUGCCCUGGCUGCCGUGGCCAUUUUCCAGAAGCUCUCCAGGGACCUGGAGCCACGGAACUUCUGGGACUGGCGCCCAUUGAACGAGCACACCCUUCGACCCAAAAUCGAGCCCUUCCUGGACGUGGACUUUGCCAGGGGCUUCAACAUCAAUCUGUCUAAGGAUGGGAGGCAUGCGCCCAGUUCUGGUUCCCAGAAGCAGACAAAAUUGACGCCAAAAAGUCCGCAAUGUCGCCAUCUGGGCACCCAGUCGAGAGUCUUUUAUGACAACUGCCUGCUCCAGGCCCCCGACGGGGAGCUUCUCUGCACCAUGGAUCGCCGCAAAGCCUCCUGGUACCUGGCUCAGAAUCUGGGCACCAAAGUCAGCGAGGAUCCGUUUACAGUUCGGCUGAACUUUGAGCCCGCGGGACGGGCCGUGGGGGAAGUGGGACGCUACUACCAGACGCCCAAGGAGAACCAGUGCGUGGUGUGCGGCAAUCGUGAGGCGUUCAUCCGCAAGAAUGUGGUGCCGCAUCAGUACCGCAAGCACUUCCCGAUAUGCAUGAAGACGCACACCUCCCACGAUGUGUUGCUGCUAUGCCCGCCCUGCCACCAACUGAGCAACAUUUCGGAUCUGCGCGUCCACUGCAAGCUGGCCGCCAAGUGCGAUGCCCCGUUCAAGCACAGCGAAGGCAACGUCAAAUAUCACAUUGAUCCAGAGCUAAAGCGAGUCAAGUCCGCUGCCAAGGCUUUGCUCUUCAAUGGCCACCGCAUACCCGCGCAGAAGUUGGAGGAGAUGCGGCGUACCCUGCUGGACUUUUACAAGGAUCACACCGAGGUCACGGAACAGUUGCUGAGGGAGGCGGCGGAGGUGGAAUAUCGCAUGGAGAACGAAGACUACUGCCAGCAUGGUGAGAAGGUGGUGCAGAUGUAUCGCCAUGAAUUUGGGGGCCUCAUCGAGUUGGAGCGGAUGUGGCGAGAGCAUUUCCUGCACACCAUGAAGCCGCAGUUUCUUCCCGACCUGUGGAACGUCAAUCACAAUGCCGAUCGCCUGGAGGUGAGAGCCAGCGAGGGACGCGUGGACAAUGCAGACUUGCUCGUGGCGGGACUGAAGACGAUGCCCAGGAACGCACAAUAGAUUUCGUUUUGGUUUGCCUGCCGCGGGCUUUGUACGUUGUUUUUUUUUUUGGUUAAAAAUAAACCACAAUUUGAUUUGCGCUAUGGUA